CCCUUCUGCAGUUUCGGUCCGCAAUGCUGUUCGUUGUUCCUGCCCUAGGCUUCGUGCUUAAUUUUGUCAGCAUUACUGGGGAGAAACUCGUCAAUGGCACUUGUUUAUCUAGUGGAAAAACGCAAUGUGUCGAUGGAGUCAUCGUCCCGAAGUGGGAGCCUUCAACCGGCAUGACUGCUGGUGAUAAGGCCGCUAGAGCUACUGUGUAUUUUGCCUGCUUGCUUUACCUGUUUUUAGGAGUGUCAAUAAUCGCCGAUCGGUUUAUGGCUGCUAUUGAGGUCAUUACUUCGAAGGAAAAGGAAGUAAAGAUUCGCAAGAAAAAUGAAGAAGUGCAAAUCGUUUACGUUCGAAUUUGGAAUGCUACAGUUUCUAAUCUAACACUUAUGGCUCUUGGAUCUUCUGCUCCUGAGAUUCUGCUUUCUAUAAUCGAGAUUAUUGGUAAAAGAUUUGAAGCUGGUGACCUGGGACCAGGUACAAUAGUUGGAUCAGCUGCAUUCAACCUGUUUGUGAUUAUUGGAGUUUGCAUCGUAGUUGUUCCUAAUGGGGAAGUUCGGCGGAUUAAGCAUCUAAGUGUGUUUUUCAUCACUGCUUCUUGGAGUGUAUUCGCGUACCUUUGGUUGUACCUCAUUAUUGCUGUCAUUAGUCCUGGAGUGGUGGAAGUGUGGGAAGCCGUGUUAACUUUCAUCUUCUUUCCCGUUAUCGUCGUAUGUGCGUACUUGGCAGACACAAAAAUUUUCUUCAGAAAGUUUAUGAAAAAAAAGUAUCGCGCUGCAGGAAUGUUAAAACCAGUCGACGGUGAAAUUGAGGUUGGUAAUCAUAUGGAACAAGUAACCUACGAGCAGCCCGACGAGGAAGAUGGUGCCCUAGAGUUUGAGCGUAACCCCUUGAAUUAUGUCGAUGCAAUCAAACAGCUGCGUAAAAAGUAUCCAAACAUUGGCAUGAGGCAGCUUGAAGAAAUGGCACAGUUAGAGGUUUUGAGCAAAGGUCCUAAAUCAAGAGCGUACUAUAGAAUGCAGGCUACGAGACAAUUAACAGGAAGUGGAAACGUGAUCAAAAAAAGCAAAGUUGAACGUGAACUAUCGUCUGAUGCGAACAAAGAUAAAAGUGAGAAGUAUCCUCCUUACGUACAAAGAUUCUUCUUUAAUCCCGAACACUAUACAGUGAUGGAGAACGUCGGGUCGUUUUCAGUCACAGUCAGCCGAAUUGGUGGGGAUUUGGAUGCCGUUGUUUCUGUCAAAUACUCUACUGUCGACGGAACUGCUGUCGCCCACGAGGACUAUGUUCCUGCCACAGGGGUUCUUGUCUUCAGAUCAGGCGAGACACAUAAACAGUUUUCCAUAAGUAUAAUCGACGAUGACGUUUUUGAGGAAGACGAACACUUUACCAUCAUCUUGAGUGAUUUGAAACUUCUUCAUUCCCCGUCAUUGGUCGAGCCCAUUCUUGUUGAUCCCAGUACAGCUACUGUCGUCGUUCUGGAUGAUGAUCAUCCCGGCAUCUUCCAUUUCGAAUCUGAAUCCAUAUCAGUCCCUGAGUCUUGCGCCUUCGCUGAGCUCAAAGUCUUGCGUGAUUCUGGGUGUCGUGGCAUUGUGCGGUUGCCAUAUGAAACCAUCGAAGGUACUGCUAAAGGAGGUGGGAAAGAUUUCGAGGACACAGUGGGAGUUUUGGAGUUUCAAAAUGACCAGACUGAAGGAAUCAUCCGCGUCCGUAUUCUUGACGACAACGACUACGAGAAGUCGGAGUACUUUACCGUAAAGUUGGGACAACCCGUGUUAGUGGACAAAGAUGCACAACCCGGUCUGUUGGCUCGGAUUACUCGACGCUUCUCAAACGUGGACACUUCAUUGGAGAAAGUAGCAAUCCCUGACGACGGAAAAUCGCCUUCUGCUAGAGACGAUUUCAAGAGGACAGUUAUACCGUUCGAAACCGGGAAGCCUCGUUUGGGUGUAUGGUCUGUGAUUCGAGUGAAUAUCAUCGAAAGUUAUGAGUUCAAGAACACGGUUGACCGCUUGGUCAAACAAGGCAAGUGGGCCUUGGUCGUUGGCACUUCGUCUUGGAAGGAACAGUUCGUUGAGGCGUUCACCGUCAGCGCUGGUGGCAGUGACGAUGCAGCUGGGACUGAAGGCGAAAAAUUGCCGUCCUGCACAGAUUAUGUAAUGCACUUUUUGACGGUGUUCUGGAAAGUUAUGUUCGCGUUUGUCCCCCCUACUGAUUAUGGUGGUGGUUGGUGGUGCUUUUUCGUAUGCAUUUUGGUCAUUGGCGUCCUUACCGCCAUUAUCGGUGACAUGGCUUCCUCGUUCGGAUGCUCCGUGGGGCUCACGGAUGCUGUCACUGCGACCACUUUCGUGGCUCUUGGCACUAGUCUUCCAGAUACUUUUGCGAGCAAAGUUGCAGCAGUCAGUGAUCCCGAUGCGGAUUCAUCCAUCGGAAAUGUGACUGGCAGUAACGCUGUCAAUGUGUUCCUGGGCAUCGGUGUAGCAUGGACAAUGGCAGCCAUCUACCACGCAACCCAGGGCACUCAAUUCAUGGUGCAACCCGGUUCUCUCGGUUUCUCCGUCACUGUUUUCUGCAUUUUCGCCCUAGCCGCUAUUCUCGUCAUCAUACUGCGACGUCGACCAAAUGUUGGUGGGGAAUUGGGCGGUCCUACGCGCAUCAAAUACCUCUCUGCUGCGUUCUUUCUCCUUCUGUGGUUCGUGUACAUCGUUCUAGCUGGGUUGGAAAAUUACUGCCACAUAGAGGGAUUUUAAACCGACAACUUUGUUCUAGCUUUUUACUGCCUAGAGCUGUUUGUUGCUGAUGCAUCCAUAACCAUGUGUCAUUCAGCAGCUUUCCUGUCGCGCCCUAUAACCUCCCUCAUUCUACGUAUCCUCUGCAACUUCUACGUCUUUGGUAGCAGUGAACAGAUGGUUGGAUGCAAACCAUGUACACCAAAUUCCACAGUUAUUUUGCAAAUUCUACAGACAGACUCGGCGGUUUUCUCACUCCCCCCAACUCGUCCGUUCCGUCACUUUAUGCGGCGUACAGAGUCACGGACAGUGACACGGUUACAUUGAUGUUCUCAACGCACAUUCGCUGAAAGCGGGCAUGUUGUCAAUGGCGUGGCCGUUUUUAUAAGUCUCUGAUGCACCGAGACAGGUUUAUGUUCUCUCUUCUGUCGAUCGUGUCUGCGCACAUGGCCCCUAUGUACCGGGUCCCAAUACCACUUUCACUCCUUUUUAUUGCCCUUCACAUACUUCGGUUCUAUUCACGCUAUAUCUUCUCAAAGAUCAGAUUUUAACCUUAUUCUAUUACGCAUACAUAUAUACAGAGUACCAGUUACGUUCAGCACAAGUCUACUCAGAAUAUUUUAGCUUUUACCGGUUACUUAUGCAAACACAUGUUGAUUUGCCACUCACCAUUAGCUGUUUUCUUACUUCCCAUUUACUGAAACCUAGCUGUUUACACUUGAUGGCUUGUUGCCUUUCGCCAUCGGUUUUACUAAUUUUAUACUGGAAUUUUCUCCUUUACGUUUCCAUUUGUGCAGUGACCGUUUUGCCUGACUUUUAAGCGCCCUGUUGUUUACUUGAGAUCAUCAGGUGUGUUAUUUACCAACUUCCUAACCCACUUAUUUAAGCAUUGAUUCUCAACGCUUAACACUGAGUUACGAGGACUGCUGCGCCAACGGUCUCCAAAUAACUUUCCAACCUCAGUGUCAAUCAUUGCCAACCUAACAAUCCAAUUUUGCUGUCAACCCUUACUCCUUUUAUGAAUAGAGACACAGAGCUAACCCC